CUUUCCUAUUCUGUACAUCGGCUGUGCCCGUCCAGUUGUGGCCCAAAUACUCACCAAGAUGUCCACCUCCAAACUGAAACGCAAGGUUCCCCCCGGCGCUUCGGAGCGGCCGGUGAAGAAAUUUGGAGGCGGUAAUUCUACCGCCUUCACCGAUGACCUAAAACUGAAGGCGUCAUCACGAUCAAGGAGAAAAGAGCAGGCCGACCCAGCGUUGAGAAGGAAGAAGCUUCCAGUCACUGCUUCGCUGGGGGAUCAGAACGCGUUCGAUGACCAGGAUGACUCUUCUUCAGGUCAAGAGGAUUUUUUCCCACUCGAAGCGGCCGAGGGUGAUGACCCACCUAAGGCAGACGAGGAUCCUAUGGAAGUAGACUCCGGGACCGUAGGCUCCGGGACCGCACGGAAGGGUAGUCAUUAUGAAUACCACCAAACGCAGAAAUUAUUAGCUCGAGAGCGACAAGCUUCCAAACCUAACGCCGAACUGCUUGCCAAAGCUAAAUCACUAUGGUCACUCGCUCAUAGGAGGGACAUCUCCAGAACCGAACGGCAGAAAUAUAUUAACGACCUUAUGGCGGCCAUUCGUGGCAAGGUGCAAGAGGUUGUCUUCAAGCACGACGCAAGCCGGGUGAUCCAAACUGUCGUAAAGUACGGAAAUUCGUCACAAAGAGAAGAGAUCGCCUCGGAGCUGAAAGGACAGUUCCGAGUAUUGGUUCAGAACAAGUACACUAAAUUUAUUGUCCUUAAACUAAUCCGGCACUGUUCUUCCCAGCGCGCGUCCAUCCUCUCCGAACUCAAUUCCAAUCUCAUUCGACUUCUCCUCCAUCGCGAAUCAUCUCAGAUCAUAUCUGAUGCCUAUGACCUAUACGCCAACUCCGCCCAACGAAAUCAAAUGAUGAGGAGUCUGUACGGAAAGGAAAUGGCCCUCUUCCAAGAUAGCGAGGCGCCAAAUAAUCUGAGAGGGAUGUUGGAAAAAUCCGACUCUGAAAAGCGGAAACGUAUAUUGGCGGCUCUGAAAGAGAAUUUGUUGACUGUAUUUGAUGCUUCAGAUAAGGGGGUAGUUGGGCAUGCCAUUGUCCAUCGAGCUCUUUGGGAGUACCUUCAAGCGAUCGAUGCGGACGGUGCCAUUGACGAAGGGGGGAAGGACCGUCGCCGUAAAGAAAUAUUCGAAAGCUGUCAGGAAUUAGUAGCCGAGAUGGUGCAUACAAAAGAUGGGAGUCGGGUGGUGAGAGAAUUUAUUGCAUGGGGAACGCCGAAGGAACGAAAACAAAUAGUUAAGGUGCUCAAGGAGUACGUUGUACGCAUAUGCGGCGACGAGGAAGCGCAGAAAGUGCUCUUUACCGCCUUCGACAUCAUAGACGACACUAAGCUUGUGAUCAAGUCCUUUGUGUCUCAGAUCAUCUCACACGCGUCAUCUUUUAUUCUUCCCUCAACUACAUCGCAAUCUUCGCUAGACUCGGAUCAAAACCUCGCUGCGACCCGUCGCGUCAUUCUUUACCUUCUCGUACCACGAUCUUCACGGUACUUCUUUCCUAGCAUGAAUGACAUACUUGCUGCAACGGAUGAAACCCGCUCCCUGACGUCGAAGAAAGAUGCGACUGCUCGAGCGAAAGAGAUCAGAGAAGCUUCUAGCGAUGGCCUCAUUCAAGUAGUCAUCGAUAAUGCUGAUGAUAUACUGAGAGACCCUGGGGCGAGUCUAGUGUUGCUCGAGAUAAUGUUGUGCGCUGAAGGAGAUAAGUCGAAGGCUACCGACGCAUUGAUUGAUCUUGUUUCUAAGCCUUACCCAACGCCGCCAUCGCUCCGCAAAGAGGGCGAAUUGACUCAUCUCGUUGACAUCCCCCACUCCUCACGGGUCCUGAAGAUCCUCAUCCAAGGCGGCCAUUUUAACAAAUCGGAAAACUGUGUCGUUCCUGCACCAUCUUGGGAUGCAUCUGUUUUCGCCAACAGAUUCGUGCAAUCAUGCAACAAGGAUGUCAAGGACGAGGAAACUGGGAAAGAAAUGAACCAGAUCGCAAGAAUGGCUGUCGGAAAUGGGGUGUUUGUGGUUACUGAGCUGAUUCGAUGCAUCCGCCAAGGAGGCAAUGAAGAUGCGAGAAAAAUAUUGACGGGUGUGUUCGGAGAUAGCUUUGUUCAAAUCGUGAAGUCAGGAUCGGGAGGAAGGGGUAGGGAAGCAUUAUUGCAAGAGGUGUCGGCACUUCGAAGUUGAGAGGCGUGUUGGUUGGCUGCUAUGCCAAAACAUUACUGCGGUUUCUAUAAAAGGUCGGGUCACCGUUUCAUUUAGGUCUCACUGAUCGAUAACGGAGUGUGCGCGCAAAGACGGACUCAAAGCCACUUCGCCAUGGGUGCGCAGUGGAUGAUAUGGCUGAGUGCACAUACGAAAGCAGUGGAUAAGUUACAGAGAAUAUACAGCAUUGCAAUAAUGCAAUAGCAUAAGCUAGCACAUCCUUAAUGCAUUCAUAAAUAUUCAUUAACGUGGGGUGAUGUAAUGGAUCGAGUUCG